GAUAACUACGUAUUUAGUCUGCGUCAAACGUUUUAGCAUCACACCACAGUCUGACGACGAAAACAUCAUAUAAACAUCGUUUCACCUGAACACAGAAGAAGAUCUGGAAGUCUCCAAGAGACGUUUGUGGGUUUUUUUCAUUAGGGCGACCAGGGUUUGACGGUUAGAGUUUAUCAAGCCAGUUACCAUCAAUUUCCUGCUGCUGAUUGCAGAUGUCUCUGGCGGACGAGCUCCUGGCAGAUUUGGAGGAGGCUGCAGAUGAAGGGGAGGACGGGUUGUAUCCAGAGGGAGAGGAGGGGGAGAGUGAUGGAGAGGCAGUGGAGGGAAGGACAGAGGGAGGGCUGGAAGACAUCCCAGAGGAGAUGGAGGUGGAUUACAGUAAAGCAGAGAGUGUUGCAUCCAUCGCCAAGCUCCGCAAUAGCAAACAGUUUUCAGAAAUUAUGGACAAAAUUUCCGUGUAUAGUGGAAAGCAGCGCAAGAACUCAGAGGUCUCAGGUCCAGUCGAGGCUGACCCAGAGUACAGACUGAUCGUCGCCGCCAAUAACCUCACAGUCGAGAUCGACAAUGAGCUCAAUAUUAUUCACAAGUUCACUCGGGACAAGUACUCCAAGAGGUUCCCAGAGCUCGAGUCUCUGGUGCCAGAUUCUCUAGAUUACAUCCGCACAGUCAAGGAGUUGGGAAACAAUCUGGAAAAGUGCAAGACCAAUGAAACUCUGCAGCAAAUCCUCACCAAUGCCACUAUUAUGGUUGUCAGUGUCACAGCGUCGACCACACAGGGGUCACUGCUAAGUGAGGAUGAACUGAAGCAGCUGGAGGAGGCGUGUGACAUGGCUCUGGAGCUGAACCAGUCCAAACACAGGAUUUAUGAAUACGUUGAAUCCAGAAUGUCAUUCAUCGCCCCAAAUCUGUCAAUCAUCGUUGGAGCGUCCACAGCUGCCAAGAUCAUGGGUAUCGCCGGCGGACUCACUAACCUUUCAAAGAUGCCGGCCUGUAACCUGAUGCUGCUGGGAGCUCAGAGAAGAACUCUGUCCGGCUUCAGCAGCACCUCCCUGCUGCCCCACACCGGCUACAUCUACCACUGUGAUGUGGUGCAGUCUCUACCACCUGACCUCAGGAGGAAGGCCGCUCGUCUGGUGGCUGCAAAGUGCACUCUGGCUUCCCGAGUGGACAGUUUCCAUGAGAGUUCAGUCGGCAAGGUUGGCUAUGAUCUAAAAGAAGAAAUAGAGAGGAAGUUUGAUAAAUGGCAAGAGCCUCCACCCGUGAAGCAGGUCAAACCACUGCCAGCCCCACUGGACGGACAGAGGAAGAAGAGAGGAGGAAGGAGGUAUCGAAAGAUGAAGGAGCGUCUUGGACUGACGGAGAUCAGGAAACAUGCAAACAGAAUGACCUUUGCAGAGAUUGAAGACGAUGCAUAUCAGGAGGACCUGGGCUUCAGUCUGGGUCAGCUGGGGAAGAGCGGCAGCGGGCGCGUAAGGCAGGCUCAGGUCAACGAGGCCACCAAAGCCAGAAUCUCCAAAUCCCUCCAGAGAACGCUGCAGAAGCAGAGCAUGACAUACGGAGGAAAGUCCACAGUCAGAGACCGCUCCUCAGGAACCAGCUCCAGUGUAGCAUUCACUCCUCUCCAGGGGCUGGAGAUUGUGAACCCUCAGGCUGCAGAGAAGAAGGUGGCUGAAGCCAACCAGAAAUACUUCUCUAACAUGGCGGAGUUCCUCAAAGUGAAGAAGGAAUCUAAGAUGUGAACAAAUGCGCACAGUGUUCCCGCACAUGGACAGUUGCACUCACUAUGAAGUGAUGUUUUUCAGUUGUUUGGCAUUGUGAUUUGUUCUGUAUUUUGUUUUACUUUUUUGUUCUUCCCUUUUAAAUAAAAUGUCAUUUAACUGAU